AUGAGCGACCUUGACAAAGCCAUCGCGCAACUGCGCGCCUGCCGACCGAUACCCGAAGCCCAAGUCCGAGAGCUAUGCCACAAGGCGCGCGAGCUGCUCAUCGAAGAGGGCAACGUCGUCACGGUCACAGCUCCCGUAACGAUAUGCGGUGAUAUUCAUGGCCAGUUUCACGAUCUCAUGGAGCUCUUCCGCGUCGGCGGUGACGUCCCCGACACCAACUACCUCUUCAUGGGCGACUUUGUCGAUCGUGGCUUCUACUCGCUCGAGUCCUUCCUCCUCCUUCUCUGCCUUAAAGUCCGCUACCCUGACCGCAUGACCCUUAUUCGAGGCAACCACGAGUCACGGCAAAUCACUACCGUUUACGGCUUCUACGACGAAUGCCUGCGGAAAUACGGUUCGGCCAACGUCUGGCGCUACUGCUGUGACGUUUUCGACUACCUUGCUCUCGGCGCCAUCGUUCUUGGAGCAUCACACACGUUCAACUCCACGCCAGGACAAGAGGCCAUUGACGAAGAUGUGGAGAUCGAGGUCUGCGACCAGGCCGGCUUGACAAUGAGCCGCUUCCCCAGGCAGAGACGGCCGCAACGGCAACCGACACCCAGCAGUCCAAACGGCGCGUCCUCGGGCGGCGACAAGACAGGCCCGCCAGGCAGCGGCGCUUCGGGAAGCUCGUCAGGCUCCGUUGGCAACCCCGCCGGUGCCAUCCUCUGCGUUCACGGUGGUCUCUCCCCCCUGAUAGACAGUGUCGAUAAAAUUCGGCUCCUGGACAGGAAGCAAGAGGUGCCGCACGAAGGAGCCAUGUGCGACCUGCUAUGGUCCGACCCAGACGACAUCGAUGGCUGGGGGCUGUCGCCGCGUGGUGCAGGAUUUUUGUUCGGCGCGGAUAUUGUCCGCGAUUUUAACCACAAGAACGACCUGUCACUUAUCGCUCGCGCUCAUCAGCUUGUCAUGGAAGGCUUCAAGGAGAUGUUCGACGCUAGUAUCGUCACGGUUUGGUCAGCGCCCAACUACUGCUAUCGCUGUGGCAACGUUGCGGCGAUCCUUGAACUGGCGGAGGACGAUUCCGGCACUGGUGUGUUCGCGCGCAGUAACGGUGACAGGGGACGCAGUGAUGGCGGCAUUAGAGGCACCGAUGACUACGUUCUUCUGCCCGGACCGGCGCGGAGGUAUCGCGUAUUCCAGGCGGCGCCUCAGGAUUCUAGGGGAAUGCCGGCGAAGAAGCCGGUGGCCGACUACUUCCUGUAG